AUGCUUGUUCUCCCGCUCCUUUCUGCUGUGGCCGUGACCGUGCAACCCAGAAGUCUGAGUACGCUCGAAGUGUGCGGGGAGAUUGCCUCCGCUGUUUCCUCGGCGUCUGAGGUCUUUUAUCCGUUGGAACUCUACUACACGGAAGACAACUACCAUUGGGCGCAGUCGAGCUCCCAGGUAUCGGCGUGUACUGUGGAGCCUGGCACAGCGGAGGAUGUAGGCGCCAUCCUCCAAGUAAUAGCGCGUACUCAAACGCCCUUCGCAGUGAAAGGCGGAGGCCAUAGUGCCAACCCGGAGUUCUCGUCGACCACCGGCGUGCAGAUUGCUAUGGCACGUUUCAACGAUGUGACAUACGACUCUUCUGCAGGUACCGCGACGAUAGGCGCUGGCCUCAUCUGGGACGAUGUCUAUGCGGCGCUCGAGCCGUACAACGUGAAUGUCGUUGGCGGCCGUGUAACUGGUGUCGGCGUGGCCGGAUUCACCUUGGGCGGAGGAUUUUCUUUCCUCAGCAACCAAUACGGAUUGACCAUCGAUUCUGUCCGAGCCUUUGAGUUGGUAUUGCCGAACGGCACGUUCACGACGGUUACCGACUCAAACCCAGAUCUGUUCUGGGCUUUGAAGGGAGGAUUCAACAACUUCGGCAUCGUCACCCAAUUUGUCUUGGAGACGCACCCACAAGGCCAAGUCUGGGUACGGAGGCUCCAUCAUCACCUUGGGCGAGGUCACGCCGUCAAGAAUGCCACGGCGAACUUCUACGCCAACGUGACUGAUCCGAAAGCGUCGAUCCUCACAACCCUCAACUGGGAACUCGGUAUCACCGCCAUAGAGCUGAAUUUGUUCUACGAUGCACCCACACCACCGGACGGCAUAUUUGACGAGUUAUUGGCGAUUCCCUUCCUCACUCAGGAUAUCAGCACUCGUUCCUUCCUGUCUCUCGUUUUGACGGCACCUAGCAAUGCCACGUUCGGCCUUCGCGGGUACUUUGACACCGUAUCCAUAACCGACAUAACUCUUCCUUUGCUUGACGCUGUUGUGAAUGAGACCGAGUACUGGGCUACCACAUUGGCAGCUGAAGUCCCCGGCCUUUUCGUCAGCUACGACAUCGAGCCGUUUCUACCAAGCGUCUACUCUCACGGAGCCUCUUCCGCAUGGCCUCCCACUCGCACUCAGGGUUUCAUGCCCAUCAACAUCUACUACGCCUGGUCGCUGGAGGCCUCGGACUCGCUCAUCAACAGCGUCAUGCAAGAGAGCGCGCGCUACCUCACCCAAGUAGCUAUCAGCGAGGGCCAGGACAUAGCCAACACGCCGCUCUACCCGAACUACGCCAUCUACGACAGCGCGCUCUCCAGCUUGUACGGCGACAACGUUGCAAGCCUGCAAGCAAUCAAGGCGCAGUACGAUCCGGACAACGUCAUGGCUCUCGCGGGCGGCUGGAAGUUCUGAAAGUGGGCUGUGAACAUUCAUUUAUUACUCCUCUCUCGUUCGGUCUUUGGACUUCGUGUUGGCUCACUGGAACACUUACUGUAAAUCUGUACGGACAUUCCGGGUAUGUAACCAGUCAGUGAGUGAUCACUACUGUUUCGGGAUUCGAGAUUGACGCAGCGAUGCGGUGGAUUGACAACGCCUGUCUGAUGCUUCUCCUGGGGGCAUCCGGUUCGGACAUACCCGAGGUAGUCGUUGCUUUGGCAGGACCUUUCAUCUAAGUAAGUCUGUUAACAUCAGUAUACGAGCAUAUCUCGUGCCCGUCCUCGC